CCAACAUAAGAGGUAAUUUUAACGAGGUAGUGGUUCGUUUAUUUGAUUUACAUAAUCACUGCCCAAAAACUUAGGUAUAUUUCAAACAGUUAAAAUUUAUGUUUAUAUGAACGUACAUCUGUGUUAUUAGACUUUUCCAGAAUUAGCAACUGUCGGUGUUGUUCGACAAUCGUUUAAAUAGUUAUAUAUAAUCACAGUAUUGAACUCUAGAUGUCUAGAUCUGGUUUCGUCGAUGUAAACGUAGGGUUGUCCACCAUUCUUUUAGUGCCGAAUUCGCUAACGAUAAAUAUUCGUGCUGUCAAAUAUGAUCGGUUUUAAAAAUGGAGCGAUUUGUGGAUUACUUGUAAUCGUGGUUUUAAUUUACUGACCAUAAGGUUUUAAAAGUAAUUGAAAGCUACCACCUCAUGAUCACAGCUAAAUUCACAACAGUAAAUACUAAAUACUCACUGGUCUUAUGGUCGAUUUGUUAAGCUUUUGUGAAGCUGGAUAAGCUAAUCAUUUUCUGAUGACGUAGAACUUGACUUAAGUGUGCUUCUACUCAAAUAGUUAUAUCACAUUGAUAAAGCUGGGUGUAGUUAUUAGGGCGAAUAUAAAAUUAGUCGGAGUGGUAUCACAAUUGAUGGUAUGAGAAAAAGCCGUGGGAAAGACGGCUAGAAAAGAAAGCAGGAAUUAAUGUUAUUACACAGAUUUUAGAUAGGGAUAAGUAAAUGGCGUAAUUGCGAUUUUGCAACCGAUUUUAUCAUGUGAGUAGAUACCACUUUCAGAUUCUACACACGAUUUCAGUUCGCACAAUAUAGUAGUCAAGAGGCAAGUUUACACUUCAUAUAUAAAAAAAUAUGUAUGAUAGGUGAAGGGUGGAACUAGAGAUACAAAAUACAUCUCUAACAUUAUCUUUGAGAAGGUGGACGAGUGAUAUACAUUCGACUACGUCAUCUUUCACUAGCGACAGCAGUUGGUUUAUUUUGCCAUCUUAUUAACCGUGGGUAAACUAUUUAGUGAGGAGACACUGAUAGUGUUUAACAAUGACUAGUUUUAGGCUCCAAUGUUACACUCGGCGUCAGUAUUUCUGUAACGUUCUAAACCGAUUCAGACCAUUCACACAAUGUGUCCUUGGUCGUUCAUCAGUGGAAUGUCAGUUGAAAUCGUAUGAUAUCUUGGAUUUUGACACUCCUCUUAUUUUGAACAAUGGUUUUAUUGACAAUGUAUUUUUUCCAUUAUAUGAGCACCUUUUGUUUUAAAACUGUAUCGACUAUCACGUUCCAACUGCUUGCCAGUAUACACCCAAAACGUUGAAUGAUAUAAACGUCGCGAGUCCAUUAACAUCAAAUGUGUUAGAUUCGAUUUGUAAUUGAGUUUCAUUCAUCUGGAAAUUCUCAUUUUUUAAUUAUUGUUUCAAAGUAACCCGUUGUCUAGAGAUAAAGAGUGGACUCAGGUGUCUGGACUACUAACUAUGAAUUACCUAACUGUAACUGUAGAAUGAUUGUAAUCAUGUAAUACCUUGGAUUAUAACCUUCGCCGUGCUUCUAGUUAUGAUUUGGUCAAUCGUAUUUUUUUGUUGCUUACGAUCACCCGAUAGAAUAUUCUCAGGAAGUUUAGAAACCCAACUCAAACUACUUGCCUCUGGACAUUUGUUUUCCAUGAGUCGUAUGCAUUUAAAGUUCCUUAUUAUAACUUAAAGUACCAUCACAUUUUAUUAGCGGUUUCUAAGAUAUGUAGCUGUUGAUUGUAAGAAUAGAACAGCUAGUCUUUCCAUACUACCGGAUUUAAGUUGUUCCGUCUUUAGCUUUGGUUAACUGUCUAUCUUGUUGAUAUCUAUUUGUGUAUGAGACAACUGAUCUCUGGUCGUUUUGAAUAGACAUUAUAUGAAAGCGAGCUAAAACAAUGGAUAGUUGUUUGGGGGAUGCUGUCAUACUGUGUUACUAAGUUUGUUUGCAUUUCAGCAACUGAAGAAGUUACUUUAAAUAUUUCAUUGGAAAGCCGAUUUUAUUAUUUGACUAUUGACGAAAUAAAAUCAUACCUCCAGUGCAACUGCUUCCACUUCACUGGUGUUAUCCUUUACAUUGAUCUUAUGAAUAAGAUUAAAAAUAAAACAGACUAAGGAUACAGAUUACUACAACUUAGUAACAUAUCGGUUCAUUAGUCUGGUGGUUUUUAUUACUUCAAUUAGAUGAACUCACUGACAUGAAACCUAAACCUAACACAAAUAUGUAGACAUCCCUGGUGACCCAAUAGAAUUACAGACAGAUAAUAAAGUGGAUAUUUUCCGAUAUAUGUGCAAAUUUUGACGCGCUUGCAUCCGAUCUUUCAUGAAAUUCUAAACUGUUCCUUACUCAUCAUAUACUUUCGGUCAUCGUUUUAACACCUUUACAACUUUUUCAAUGAUUUUUCCGUUGAUGAAAAAUAAGACAAAGUGAAUCAGUUAAUUAUAUAGGAGUUUAUUUAUAAUAUUUUUCUUUUCGAACUAGUUAAUAAUUUUGUUUACUACCUGCAUAGUAAAAUUAAUUUCCAGUACCCUCAAACAAAUAAUUCGCAUGGGUUGCGGGACCUUAAUGUGGAAAGUACAUGUCUAUGGACAUCAUUCGGUGCUAAUAAAGUGAAACCUGCCCUGCAAACUAGGCAGUUCGCUGUAACUAUGUUAUACUCCUAAGCUAAUCAAAAUAAAAAUAAAACUUUUUUCAUCCAUAAUUCGAAAGGCAGUGGAGUAGUACCAUUCACCUUAUGAAUAGCUCCGAUCUAUAAUUAGUAAGAAAAUGUUUCUUAUCAUCGUAUAGUAUUACGCAGUUUAAAGACGAAUUUACAUGAAAAACUCCUCAUACAGAAUCAGUAAGAAACGCAGUUUGUUAUAGGUUCGUUCUUUGUUAAUUUAUGUGGUGUAAUCUCUUAACUAAAUCAUCUCUACUGACUGAAUUGUUGGUAGUUUCAUGCUAUUAAAAUCUCCAAAAUAGGUCGAGCUUCACUUAAGUAGCUCUCGUAAUGUUGUUUCGUCGAAGUUGAGGGAAGUUUGCAAAACAUUGUUGUGAAAACUAUCAGGGAUUGUUUAUAAAUGUAUUUUUGACUUAAUGAGUAGUCAGUCAGUCACAACUUAGAACCUGGUACGUACUUAAUGAAUUGGGUGUGGCGCGCUAUUAUACCAAUAUUUGUGUUCAAAUAAAUAAAUAAUAACUUAAUGAAUUUCUCAACUUUAUACUGUUCUGUUAAACAAAUGGGGUUUUGUAGCGAAAAUAAUCGACUUCAAGAUGAUGAAGAUCAAUUACAAACAUUGUCAAACCAUUAAUCACGUUGAAGUCCCGCUGCUUUUAACAACAGAUUCUUGACGAUCUGUGUGCGUUAGCUUAUGAGUUAAACAUCCAACUUCGGAAAUAUAGUACGGAUUUACCGGUAUUCCCGUAAAACUAUUUGUUUUCACUUCAUUAUCUGGGAUUUGUUGUUUUCUGAUUCAUGAAUAUAUGAAUAUAACACACCAUAAAUUACUUCCGUUGUGUAAAACUUAAAUAAAACAAUAAUAGCAUUUAUAAUUUAGCUCGAAUCAUAAUGCAUGCUUUGCAUUUCGAAAUAUAUGCUACUAGUUUUAUUUAAGUAGCUAAAUUCCUAAGUAGUUACGUUAAUCUAGGUAACAUGAACAGUGAAAUGAAUUUCGAGAACUCAUUCACUUAAGAAAUAAGCAAUGCUAGUUUAUUUCAUUUACCAUAUACUCGAUACUUAUUAUUUCUUAUUGUCAUUGCUACUACAUAAUUGCGAUCGCUUUUGCUGUUCUUGUUAUUACCGUCUCGUGCGAAUAUGCUACGGCAACUUCGACCAACGCACGUCCAUGUGAAGCCCUACGUGAAUGACGACUGACUGACUUACUGGCUGUUUCCAUUUGCCUUAGGAGUUGAUGUUUUUUGUUAAUUUUUAGAUCUUUCAGUAUCAAUAGUGUAAAUAAAACUUUUUUACUAACAACAAUUACACGAUUCAAAGUUAACCGAGGGAUAUUUCUAUAUGGUGAUAAAUACAGCAUACGAAAAAAAGUCAAUUUUGAUUUCGCAUUAUCGACUUCAAAUGAUUUUCACUCAGUCAGCUUCAAUGGAUCGUCAUGAAUCCUACCAACUAACUUUCGUUGUAAUUCAGAUGUAUUUAAUUGUUCGACUCUCAGUGUACUGAUUUGUAAUGACUAUCUCACUAUCAUUUUGUAUCCAACGACAACCAGUCAGGGAAUAAAACUUUAAUUAAUAACCACAAAAUCGACAUACUACUGAAUUAGCUUGGAUGCAAAUUGAGUCUUUGUUUUCGUCCAAUAAAUCUUAACAAUGUUAGUCUUUUGGGUAAGCCAUUGGGCUAGGAGCAAGCAGAACUGCUGUGUAUGAUAUAGCGGUUGUUGUUAGAGUUACCGCUGCAUAUUCCACUCCUUAAAAGUUUACUUAGUGCAUGAAAACAGCUAGAAAGAAAUACUGAAAUCAGACCCUAGAUACUAGGCAAAUUAGACAAGAUUAUAACUAAGUUUAAGUUCCUUAUGCUUUGAAUUCAGGGUUAUUAAUUUGAUUAGUGUAUUGACUGGCUUCAGUUCUCUCUAAUCUUCUAUGUUGUCUAAUUUUCCAUAUUCAUUCAAGUUCACCACAUAUGCUGAUAAAAAACUUUCUUCCUCUGGUUUUCCGAGGACUGAUCUCUCAUCGGAGAACGUUCAUAUAUUUACAGCAUAAAGCCUAUUUCCCAAUUAUCAUCGGAAUAUGAUCGACGAAUAUUUUUAAAUGAAGAAUCGGCCAAAUCUUGGAUUUUUAACAAUUCAAAUAGAACUAUUAACGGAUUAUCAGAUUCGGAACAAUCAAGAUCAAUUUUAGAUAGUACACAAUCUCUUCGUAGUACAAACGAAUCAUCAUCUACAGGAGUUUCAUAUUCACCUCCUACUAGUACUGUUAAUUUAGAUUCAUCAACUAAUUCAAGAUUUUUAACUACUCCACUUAGUUUAUCAUCAUCUAGUUGUCAGAUUUAUUCAGACGAAACUACAAAACUUCCUUUUAAAACUACUCAUUCUAGUUCAGAUAACACGGAUCAUAUUGGUAUACAAUCUGAAUCUGCGAUUAGUAAUAACACUGUUACUGAUCGUUUUUUAUCAAAUUCUACUACAGCAUCUGCAUUGUGUUCAUUACUUGGUCUUAAUUCUAUUAAUCAUAUAAAUUCUCAUUUUUGUCAACCUUCAGCUUCAAUUUUUCAAUCUAAUUUAUUACCUAUUAAUCAAGCGGCUAUAGCUGCAUUAUUAUUGCAAUAUUCACGAACUGCAGUUACUGCUUCAACUGUUUCAGCUAAUUCAAUAAAUUCUACUACAUCAAAUUAUACAAAUUGUCCUAUUGUUACUUCACCUCUUAAUUCUUCACAAUUUCAUAAUCCAAUUGAUAUUGUACAAAAUCCAUUAGAUCAUUCAAAUCAAAUUAAUAAAUCAUUUAAUCAAAUAACACAGUCAAUUCCUUCUAUACAUUUACCUUUCAUUACAAAAAAUCAUUAUACAAAUUCGGAACUUAUUAAUUCAUUGAAUUUUUGUGAUCCACAAAUUAAUUUAUUGAAACAAUUUCCAAAGUUUUUAAUUGAAUCUAAUACUGGGACAGUGUCAUCACCAACUGAAUUAAUUAUUCCAUCACAUUUAACUAAUCAAUCUGCUGCUCAUUCAUUGAGGCAAUUGGCAAACACUUUAUUUUGGAGUUCACUUGGUUCUAAAGCUAUAGAUUUACUUUCAACAUUUGGACCGAGCAUAUUACAACCAUCAUCAUCAUCAUCAUCAGCAGCAGCAGCAGCAGCAGCAUCACAAGAACAACGGAUUAAUUCAGUAAAUUUAUCAAAUUCUUCAUCAAUUCAUACUAGCACAACAACUAUAACUCCAACAUCUAUAGCUGUAACAAAAAGUGGAAUAAAAGAUUUUCCUAUAAAUCUAUUGAAUAAUAAUAAUAAUAUUAUUGACAAUCAAGUUAAUUGUUGUAGAAAUAUCGAAUCUGUCAAAGUUCAUCAACCGAUUACAUCAAUAUCAACAACAAAUAAUCCAUCUACUUUAUUAUUGAAUAGUGAUUUAUUAAGAAAUCAAUUAUUUUUACUUCAUUCCACUAAUUCUAACAUGUCACAUCAUGUACAAGGUCUUAUUAAUUUUAUAAAUAAAUCACCAACACCAUUUCAUGUUAUCCAAUCAGUGAGGACAUUUUUGGAUAAUCAUGGUUUUCGUGAGUUAUUCGAAGAAGAAUCUUGGAGUUUACGUCCUUUGGAUAAGGUUUAUAUAACGAAAAAUGAAUCAACUGUAAUUGCAGCCGCUGUUGGUGGUCGAUUCGAAUCAGGCAAUGGUUUUACUUUGCUUGGAGCACAUACAGAUAGUCCAUGUUUACGUUUAAAACCGAAUUCGGAACGAUUAAAAGAAGGAUAUAUUCAGUUAGGUGUUGAGACAUAUGGUGGUGGUCUUUGGUAUACAUGGUUUGAUAGAGAUUUAAAAUUGGCUGGACGUGUAAUUAUUCGUAAUGCCGAAGGACGUCUAGAACAACGCUUAGUGCAUAUUAAUAACCCAAUUGCUUGUGUUCCUAGUUUAGCAAUACAUUUAAAUCAAGAAAUUAAAGCUCAAGGUUUUCAUCCAAAUUCCGAACAACAUUUAUCUCCAAUACUGUGUACUAGUUUGAUGGAACAGCUUCAAAAUCCAACUGCUCAAACUGCCAAUACUACUGAAUGUGGAAAUGAUUCAACAAAUACAUGUUUUAACAUAUGUCCUAUUUCAUCAUUAUCUAAUAGAAAUCGUCAUCCACCAGCUUUGUUACGUUUAUUAAGUGAAGAAACAGGUGUUAGUGAACAACAAAUUGUGGAGCUGGAACUUUGUUUUGCUGAUGCACAGCCUGCUUGCGUUGGUGGCUUGUACAAAGAAUUUAUUCAUGCGCCUCGUUUAGAUAAUUUGUUUAAUUCUUAUGCUGGUCUUCAUGGUUUCAUUGAAUCUCUUCCAACUUUAUCCUCUGAGUGUAAUAUACGUUUAUUAUGCUUAUUUGAUCAUGAAGAAGUUGGAUCUACAUCAGCUCAAGGUGCAGAUUCAGGCUAUACUUUGUCUGUUAUUCGUCGACUUAAUAAAGCAUUUGAAAUGUGCAAUUUAUCUGAAACACUUACGCCAACUAACAAUACAACUACAUCACAAUGUACAAAAUGUAAUUUAGAUUUACAUUUUGAAAAAUCAUUAGCUAAAUCUUUUCUUGUAUCAGCUGAUCAAGCUCAUGCAGUUCAUCCAUCAUGGGGUGAACGACAUGAAUGUUAUCAUAAACCUCAAUUUCACAGUGGUGUCGUAUUAAAAUACAAUGUUUCACAGCGUUAUGCUACGAAUAGCCUUACUGCAGCGGUUGUUCGUGAAAUCGCACAUUUGUGUAAUGUCCCAGUUCAGGAAUUUGUUUCCAAACAAGAUAUACAUUGUGGUUCUACAAUAGGACCAUUAUUAUCAUCACAAUUAGGUAUACCUACAGUGGAUUUAGGAUUUCCACAAUUAGCUAUGCAUUCAUGUAGAGAAUUAUGUUGUUCAACUAGUAUUGAACAAGCAGUACGUUUUUUUUCAUCAUAUUAUCAACAUUUAUCAAAAAUUUGGUGUAAUCAUCAAUCAUAUCAUAAUAAUAAUAAACAAUUAAAUCAAUCCUCUCAUCAUAUUUAUUUAUAAAAUUGAAUUAUUGAAGAGUAAUUGUUUAUUCACUAAUCAUUGGAUUACAAAUGGGGAUGGGGUGAGGUAGGGUGUGACGGGUUGGAUUGGGGUUUCAAAUCGUAUCGACGCACACAGAUACACAUACACACAUAGAGACACACACACACAUACAUCUACAAAUACAUAUUCAAUCUCUUAAACACGUUUUUUUAAAAAUUAUGAUCGAAAGGAAACUUCACUUAUUUCUUGAUACAAAUCUUUUUUUAUCCAUUAAAGAUUAAAAAAAAUUGUUUGGUAGGUUGUUUAUUCUUUCUAUUUUUAUUGUUUUCAAGCCAUGUUUGUUUGUUUCUUCUUCUUCUUCCUCCUCCUCCUCCUUCUCUUCUUCUUUUUCCUCGGUGAAAGAUACCGUUCUCUGUUUUGUUUUGUUUCAGUUUGUGGAUAUUUUCCAGUCUUCUUGUGUAAUCCGCUUAUAUUCAAUUCAUUAUUUUUCUUUUUAAUGAACAAAGUUUUCACCUGUGAAAAAGGUUUUCCUUUCAUCACAGUUAUUCAAACUCUAUGAAGGUGUUUGCUGGAGAAACUAUCCUUCUUCUACUUAUUAUUAUUAUUAUUUUCAUACAUUACUAUAAAAUUCUUUGUUAAAUUAUCUGUUAUUUCUUUUAUUUCAUGCGCUAACACUUAACCUGUAGACUACUAGGCCAGCAUUCAAUAAUCUUCAUGUGUAACUUCAAAUCAAUUCACAAAUUGCGCAACUAUCUUUCAUGGUCUUUGAAGGUUGUUUAUUCUUUCUAUUCUUAUUAUUGUCAAGUUAUAAUGUCUGUUUGUUUGUUUGUUUCUCCUUCUUCUUCUUUGUUGAAAGAUACUGUUUUCUGUUUUGUUUUGUUUCGUUUCGGUCUGUGGAAAUUUUUCAGUCUUCUUGUGUAGUCCGCUUGUAUUCAGUUCCCUCUUUUUUUUUCUUUUUAUUUUCAUGUUUAUCAAGUUCAUCUGUUUUCCUUUCAUCACAGUUAUUCAAACUCUAUGAAGGUAUUUACUAGACAAACCUUUCUUCUUCUUCUUGUUUUCAUACAUUACCAUAACAUUCUUUGUUAACUUAUCCGUUAUUUCUUAUGUUCACAGUUAUAUUUGUCAAUAGUUAGUUUAACUUUGUUAUUCAUUCAUUCAUUUAUUCAUUAUAUGAAGUACCUGAAGUGAAUAUUUGAUACAUAAGAAUACGAAUUAUUAUAUCAUAUUCUUUACUAAUGAAUUAUCCCUAUUCAACUGUUAAUGAAUAAAACGUCUUCAGAUACUUAUCUGUUCGUUUAUUAACUAUCCUCAUUCAUAAAAUGUCUUCAUGUAUUCAUAUUGUAUUUGUGUCAGGUUGGGUGUUUUUGUUUUUCUUUUUUUUGUGUACAUGAAUUACUAUCUCUAUCUCUCUUAUUCUUAAACUAUCUACACGGUUUGUUUUUCGAUGUUGCUAACAAAUCAAAUUUUAAGAAUUUCUAUGUAUAUCUAUUAUUGAAUAAAGUUUUUUUUUGUUGUUGUCGGUUAUAUUGACUCUUUUGUUGUUGUUGUUGUUGUGGUGGUGGUUGUUUGUUUGUUUGUUUGUUUUACCGUAUUCAUCAAUACAGAUAGUUUAUUUCUUAUUUGCUUAUACUGAAUGAGUUUAACUUUAGAAUCUUUAUAGAAAAAUAGAUCAAAUGUGAUUAGUAGUAAAAUUCAAGACAUGCAUUUUAUCCUAUUUGGUCAGUCAAUCAGUCCGUUACAACGUAGGACCAGGCACAUAUAUGCAUCGGUUUAAGUUGUCAUACCUCAUUAACACAACAAGAUGAACACCGGAUUCAUAAAAGUAGUUAAUUCAGUGGUGGCAAUACAUAAAAGAAGGAUUGCAUAAAAGGAUAUAGUACAGGAAGAAAAAAAUUAGUACGUAGAAAUAUAUGAAGCGAUUUUAAUCUCGUAGUUUAAAGGAAGACAGAGAGUGUAUACACCGACGCCAUUGUGAUGGAUUCUGAGUCACGUCACCGAGAGUCUCCAACCAUUGGUUACGAUAGUCAGGCGGACACCAAUCAAGUAGUUUGCACCUACCAACAUGGUUAAGACUAGAAGUUAGUGACUUCAAUGACUGAUUCUACGUGUUGGUUUGGCCGCCCCUAACCUUCUUCCAUCCAUCCUUUAAAGAUUAUUCAACAUUGCGCGUCGUGGUAAUUGGUGUUUGGGUAUGCGUAAUAUGUGGCCUAACCAUCUCAGUCGAUGAUGAUUCACAACCUCAAUAACUGUAUUACCAUCAUUCCCUAAUACCCUGUGUCUAACCUCACUAUUACUUACCCGAUGAUCCCAUCAGAUGUUGGCAAUAUUUCUAAGGUAUCUGUGGUCAAAUACUAAUAACUUACAAGUAUCUUCUACUCCUAAUGGUCACGUUUCUCAGCCGUAAAGUAGAACAGAAUGAACUUCCGCGCAGUAUACUUGUCCCUUAAUCGAUAAGCGGAUAUCUCGCCUUCGCCGUAGGUGGAACUUAUUGACUGGAUAUGUAGUGAAUGAGAAUUUAAGUGGGGAAAACCAAUUUGUAGUUUUAUAAAAAAUUACACAAUGUCUUCGUAAAAUGUGAAAAUCAUACAUUAAAUACAUUAUUUGUAUAUCUCCCUUCAGUUAUCCUCGACAUACUUCAUGACUUAAUUCUAUUGUUAUUCCAAUUGUUCUCUGUUUCCAUUCUUGUUCUUGUGGCAGACAUUUCACUUCUGAUUACUGCUACAUACUACUUAUAUCUAUCAGGAUAUAUUGCAUAUACUACAAAUGAACCUAGAUUCGAAUUGAAUUCAGAGUGUUUGUGUCUUGAAAAUGUAGAAAAGAUUUGGAUUAGUAAUAAUGAAACUUAUCAAAUGGUAAAUAAUUUGAAGAAAUGAUAUAUAUACCAGUUUAAUUUGACUAAUGUGAAUUUCACUUCUUCUUUCAUCUACCUUAGUGGGAUAAUUUCCAUUGUAAAUAUAGAUAGGGUAUAUAAUUUUAACUGUACAGAAAACUUUGUUUUGCAAUCAAACUACUUCAUGUUCACAGUUUUUGUUAGAGGUAAGUUAUUGCACAAAGUAAGUAGGUCGUUUAUGAAGGAAUUUUUUCAUUUUGAAGAUAUGUAACAUCAUUGAUUUCUCAUUAUAAAACAACUUUAACUAGAGCCCGAAUGUAUACAUUCGUUUAACUCGUAAAAGUUUUCAGGAUUACUGUUUUGUCUACAAGUUCUCUGUUACUAUAUGUUCGACAAUAGAAUCUCAGAAUUGGGUAAAUUCCAAGUUAAGAUCUAACAAUUUCUCAAAUUUAAAGUUUGUAAUGUAGAAUCUAGCACAUAUCUUCAUUUGGCUUCAAGUUUACACAGCACAUUUAAUUAUCAGAAUAGUAGUAGUAAUAGUUGAGAUUAGGUAUGGACGAUAUAAUGAAUUCAUGGAUUAAGAAAAAUAGUACCGAGAUGAUUUUGAAACUCAAGAUCUUAUGAAAGACAAAAAGUUUAGCUACCUGAGCCUUUCGGACCGAACCAUGAACGAUGUCACCUAACGUCUUGAACUAUCUGUUACGACCUUAGUUACGUAACGUGAACCUCCCUACAUGGCUUCAUCUGUAAGUGACUUCAUGGAUUAAUACUACGUUUUCGUGUGGCUGUCCCUACUUUUCCUCUAACCCAUUCCCAUACUAGUAAAUAUCGAAUGUCAAAGUAGACAACAGUUGGGAAUAUAUAAUACGUGUCCAAACUACCUCAGUUAGUGUAAAUUUACUACCUCAUUGACCAAUACGGUCACUCGAUGAUCCUAACGUGCUUAAGUAUAUCCUUGAAGGGAUAUGUGAUCGAAUACUAGUGAAGUACCAAUAUCUUGUAUUUUUUAAAGGUCACGUUUCACAUAUAUAAAGUGCAAUAAAGCGUACUGAACAGCAUACACAUCCUUUACAUAGCAGAUGGACACCUCGUGUAUGCAAUAGAAGUUGGCGAAAGCGUCAAUAUUUUGUUAAACAUCAAUGCACCAGGGCAUUGUUUCUCAGAGUGACUUGAAGAUUCGGCAUUUUUCAGGGUCUUCAUCAAACAAGGGUAUAUCGCCUGUGUUCUAAGUCAACAAGCGAUUCUUCUAGUGAGACACCAAUUCAUAGAAUACCAUGCAAUCAGAGGGUUAUCUCCUAUGGAAUAUCUAUGGUAUUGUUAGAUAAAAAUGAAAGCUGACAACCUAAAUGGAUAUCACUUUAUAUCAUCACUUUCAAUGACAGCUCAAUAGAGUCACAUUAACUGUAACUUGGGAAUAUGAAGACCCAACAUUAUUUCGUGGGGAGGGCGGAAGGAUAAAGUCCGAAAAAUUGUUUUUCUCUUGACGCAGUCACAACGUAGAAUCUGGUACGUAUAUACAUCAGUUCAAAUUCCAACAACCUAUAUGCACAGAGAGAUGAAAUUGUCAGGCUAAAUUUCAAAAUAGUAGAGAUAGUAGCAGUAUCAGUUGUGAUAGGAAAGAUUAAGUGAUUCGAUUCGCAUAGUGAAAGCUGGUAUUGGUGUUCUGGACUCAAGUAGACGGGCUAGGCGGACAUAGGACCAAUAAGGACGGUAGGCUGCUCAUAACGGUCGAACGUUAUUGGUUUGUGUUAGGAUAUUCGGAAAAAUAAUUAUCAUGUUAAGUCUAACGGUGUCCUUGAACUUUAAAUGGACAUUCCCCAUUGGUCAAUAUUUAUUUCACUUGUCAAAUACUGUACAAAUGUUGUUUUCUAUUUUAUGGUACGAUGUAGUCUGCUUGAUUGGUAUAUAAACAAAGUGUCUGAAACAUAAUGAUUCAUAACUCAGAGGCUGAGACAUGUGUUCUGGACUCAACUGGCUGGGCUAGACAACGAAGCAGGGUCAAUCGGGACUCUAGGUCGUUCGUACGUGUUUACGUGUCAUUGAUCCGAUCGAUAAAUACGCUGCUAUCUAGAUCUGCAGUCACAAGAUACAACAGUUUGGCAUAGUGUUAAGAUUGAAUAAGUCGUAUUUUAAUUGGUGGAUAAAUCCCGUGAUAAAAAGCCGGACAUAAAGUCAUAACAAUAGUAGGAGGAUCAGUUGUGAUAGGAAAGAUUAAGUGCAUGAGAGGAUCUAUAUGAUUGUUAUUUUUCAUUUCAGAUCACAAAAAAAGUUAUCUGUAAUCAUUUAACAAAAAGAAUACGACCAAGUCCACUUAAUUCACUAUAAAGAAAGCUAUGGUUUUCAGCUGACAAACAAAUGGUAAACACCAAAUCAGUAACCAAGUGCAUGAGAAAUAUUACUGAUAAAAUUUAGCACUUAGUUACUCCAUUUUUCAUAUAUUAUAAAUUAUGUUUAUAGCAUCGUUCACAAGGUUCUCCAAACAACACUUGUAACUUCUAUUCAUGAAUCAUUCGUUUAAGAAUACUUAGAACUUUUUUUCUUUUUAAAUGAUUGAAACCAUUUGGCAAAUUUCUUUGAUCAAGUAAUUUUCAAAUUUAACAUCUAACGAAAACUAAGUGGGUUCCAUUGUCGUGAUGUUAGUCUGGUUGUUACAAGUCGGAUAUACAACACAUUGGUGAGAGCAGUUUUGCUCUAUGCUUGUUAACCUUGACCUCUUCGAGUCGAGGAUGUUGUCUCUGAAGGACUUCUGAGAUCUAGUGGCAACAUCGUGAUAGUAAUGGGUAGGUUCGGCAACAUAUAUUCGGACACAAUGAUGAUUAUUCAGUUGGGGUCACCAUCUUGAAACACCGCCUUUGGUGUCUUGAAAACAUGCCAUGAAUGUCGUCACAGAGAACUCCACACUCCAAAUUAGUUGCAGUCGCUGUGGCCGGUUAGAAAAAGCGGAGAAGUGAUCAGUAUAUGAUCUACUGUCAUGGUAAGAAAGAAAGCUGUAUAGGACUAGUAUCUGUCGGUCUUUCACAAUUCCCUGGAUAUGGUCCUAGAGAUGGUGUAUCACAGUGGUUUGAGAUGUUAUCAGACAUGGUUUAGAAUAGAAGCCAGUGACAGUCCUGCUGUGACGUUCUUUUACUUUCUUCUUGUAACUGAAAGAAACUUCUUAGGCUGAAAGAACCCCUUUUUGGUUGUGUUUCUCCUAUUUUUUUUAUUCUCCUACACUGAUUCAUUUUUCUCCUUUUUAUUACUAUACUAACCUUCCUUUCUCUAUCUUUCCACAAUCCCAUUCUCAUUGAAUGGCGUAUUUUUUAGUGCUUUUACGUACAAAUUUUUACGUGCUUAAGUAAAUAAAUAAAAAUAAUUGGGUUCUACUAUCAAUUUGCUGACAAGUAUCAGUCUGUGUAUACGAAGACUUACGCCUGUUAACCCCAAAUGGAGAAUAAGCCGUCGACCAGCAUUCUCUAAUCCACUCUGUCCUAUCCCUUCCUUUCUAGUGCUCUUCAAUUGUUGUUUAUUCUUAUCAUAUCUAUCUCAAUUUCUCAGUGUAAUGUGUUCUUUGGUAUUCCUCUUCUCAUUUGGCUUUUAUAAUUCCAAAUGAGAACAUUCCUUGUAAGUAUGAUGAGAUAAAACGAAACUUUAUGAGAGAGCUUUUAUGCUUCAAUUAAGAACAGUAUUUUUAUUUAUUUAUUUAUUUAUUUGAACACAUAAAUACUGCCACAAGGGGGCACCAGUUACAUAUGCACCGCGCAAAUAUCAUUUGAUAUGUGUGAGGGCUGUGACACUGCCAGGGUCCCCAAACCGAAGCAGGUGGUUUUCUUAGGGGGCCACACCCGGAGCCUUCGACCCGAAGGUCUGAUCCACAAGGCAGUGGAGCAUCGUAGGGAGAUACAGUCCCACGGUAGCUGGUGACCAACGAUUGGUUCAUACGCUCUUUGUUCCUUCAGGAUACUGGAACCCAUGUACACCAUUGGUUUGGAAUGAGGGUUUUCCAACUCCCCUAGGUGAACUCUCCAUAUCCACCAACCUGGUUAAAGUGCCGAACAUUCGCUUUUCGUCCUCUGAAUUUCGUAAACAACACCCGUGGUGCGAGAAGGCAGUGAGUAGGACUUCCCUGGCAGAGGCUAUAUACGCGUGACCAUGUGAGAGCAUUUCGAGAGGGAGAGCAGACUCUCGGCCAUACCAGCGAAUUCGGAGGCUGUAUGACAAGCAAACAUCACAGUAUAUUUAAUGUUUGAUAAUAUGUGCCUGUUCCUACGUUGUAACUGAUUGACUGACUGAUGGUUGAUAAGAUUAAUGUAUCAUUUCUAUGAAUUUACCACAUCAUAAUUAUAUUAAAGUGUCAAAGAUUGAUUUGACCGAUUAAUUGUCAACAGAUGAAUAGUAAAAAGUGAUUAGUCAUAUGAAAGAUUAAUUCUGUGAAGAGUUCUGCCCUUUUCGGAGAAUUCAUUUUCAAAGCUGUACAAUCACAAAUAUAUAUAUACUUAUUUUUACAGGGUGAUAAUAAUACUUUAAAACAAUUAGUCCCUUUGAUAAAUUACGAUAAUGCAAUGAGAAGAUGAAGUUUAUCAGAAUUAUAUGAUGAUAUAUUUGAGCAAUACAUUUCGAACAAUCUGAUCACACAUCAUCUACUUGUUAAGAACAUUUAUAUAUGAAAAAUUAAAAGGUCAACUAGACAGGUUAAGGGUAAGUCAUAACAACAAAGGAAAAAAUAUUAAGGUACACAAAAACAAAUGUGAUUACCACUCUGGACAGUAGAUCAGUACUACCAGGGUAGGUUAAGUGUAAGUACAAAUUGUUUUUGGUUAGGAAAAGGAGUCACCAAAUCGAUUAACAGCACCAUUCUUUCUCACUUGGUAGAUAGUGAACAUCAUAUUAAAAUAGAGGAAGCUUUCUCUGUUUUAUAUCAAGUUCCAAAAUAUCUACCUCAAGGAGCUAGAUUACGACUGCUUUACACAGCCGAAGCCAUCUGGAUCAACUCCAGAAGACCUAACUUAUGCAUCCAGAAAAAAUAUAUCCAGCCUCUAUGUUUACCCUGGCCUACGACUAGAUCACCAAAUACCUAGACUGAAUAUUGUAAACCUCUUACCCCUUCCUUCCUUUAUUUUUAUUUAUUUUCCUUAUUAUCAUUAUUUGUCAUUAUCUAUAUCUUAAUCUUCAUAUACAUCAUUCCCAAUUUGUUGACCGUAAUUACCUUGAUAACACCCCCCCCCUUUAUUACAUAUUAUAUUCACACAACAAUAUUAUUAUUAUCUCAGUUGACAAAAUUAUUUUCAAUUUUGCAAUAGUACUAUUAUAUUAUCUUAUUGUGACUGAACAAUUAACUGACCUUUAUUGAAUGACCUUUCUAAUUUGCAAAUAUUACAAUUUUUUGAAGUAUAUAUAUCUAUAUAUCGUAACAGAUGCAAACGCUCACCAUUUUUUAACACAUAAC